AUGUAUUAUUUGCCAUCGAAUCAGUCUCCUAACGAGUCAACUAGUGAUCUGCAAGUGAACGAUUCCAUGCCAGAAGGAUGGGAGGAACGAGAAGACGGCAAUGGUCGUACGUUUUACGUCAAUCACAUUCAGCGUACAACGCAUUGGGAUCGACCAACGCAAAUGAACGGAACAGAACGAGAACGCACCGAAGAUGAGGUACGACGCCGACGUGAUGACUAUGAACGACGGCGUCAAAUCACGAAUUCUAGUCCAGAUGCAGUCCGAAGUCAGCUUGACGCGGUAUGUGACACCUGUGUAUCUUAUCGUCAAUUGCAGAUAGACAGUGCGAUGCGCUCUAAUUUUGCUGGCGGUACACAAGCAAAUGGAGAAGCCGAAGAUGAACCAUUACCUGAAGGCUGGGAUAUGCAAAUUGCUCCAAACGGUCGAACGUUCUUCAUCGACCAUCGCACAAAAACUACCACAUGGCUGGAUCCGCGAACUGGUAUAGCGGCCAGUCGGCCGGUCUCCGGAAAGACGGACGACGAAAUCGGUGCUUUACCAGAAGGAUGGGAACAGCGGGUCCAUACAGACGGCAGGGUAUUCUUCAUCGACCACAACAAUAGAAGAACGCAAUGGGAGGAUCCACGCUUUGAGAACGAAAGCAUCGCAGGACCUGCGAUACCGUACUCGAGAGACUAUAAGAGAAAGGUAGAAUACUUGCAUUCAAAGUUGCCUCGAGCAGGUUCAAAUGGCAAAUGUGACAUGAUUGUUCAUAGAGAGACACUGUUCGAAGACUCUUAUAGGCAUAUCAUGGAAAAAACGCCUGCUGAGCUACGGCAUAAGCUAUGGAUCGAGUUCUUCGGUGAAACAGGCCUGGACUACGGUGGUGUGACUCGAGAAUGGUUCUUUCUGUUAUCACACGAAAUCUUCAACCCCUACUACGGUCUUUUUGAGUACUCAGCGACAGACAAUUAUACGUUACAAAUUAAUCCACAUUCUGCUGCCUGCAAUCCAGAACAUCUGUCAUAUUUCUAUUUUAUUGGAAAAGUGAUGGGCAUGGCUAUAUAUCAUGGAAAAUUAUUAGAUGCGUUUUUCAUUCGGCCAUUCUACAAAAUGAUGCUUGGCAAGAAAAUUACGCUUUUUGAUAUGGAAUCCGUCGACAAUGCCUAUUAUAAUUCUUUAAUUUAUAUUAAAGACAAUGAUCCUGAAGACCUCGAACUCACUUUUGCCGUCGACGAUUGCGUGUUUGGCGAAACACACACAACGGAAUUAAUCGAGAAUGGUCGCGAUGUGCGAGUGACGGAGGCCAAUAAAGAGGAGUACAUAGAAGCCGUCGUCAACUGGCGUUUUGUGAAACGUGUCGAGAAACAAAUGGAACAAAUUUUAAGAGGUUUGCAUGAGGUAGUGCCAAGCAAUCUGCUUCGGAUAUUCGAUGCCAAUGAAAUGGAACUGCUCAUGUGUGGAUUGCAAAAGAUCGAUGUUAAGGAUUGGAAAGCUCACACAGUCUACAAAGGCGGUUAUGGACCGAGCAGUCAAGUUAUUCACAACUUCUGGAAAUGCAUUCUUUCCUUCGAUAACGAAAUGCGAGCUCGUGUGCUACAGUUCGUUUCGGGAACGUCACGGGUACCGAUGAAUGGAUUCCGAGAGUUAUAUGGUUCUAAUGGACCACAGAAGUUUACCAUUGAGAGAUGGGGUAGUUCGGACAUGUUACCCCGGGCUCAUACAUGUUUCAACCGACUCGACCUCCCUCCAUAUCAGACAUUUUCCGAAUUGAAGCAAAAGCUGUGCACGGCAAUCGAGAAUUCGGAGAUCUUCAGCGGUGUCGACUGA